GGACCUCCGCCGUCCCCUUCGCCCCGCAGAGCCGGCAUCCGCGAGCCGCGAGCGGGGCGAAGGCGCUGCUCCGAAUCCCGAAAGUAGGGUAGAGCCUGGACCUCCCCCGAGCUGCCGUCUCAGUAAACUUUAUCCGUGGUACGCUUGGGUGUCAGGCAGGCCAGAGCAAGCCAGCGGGUGGUCCUGGGCAUCGCCUGCCGCUUUCAGGCAGGGACCUGCUCAGAGUCGGGGGAGCUGGCUGUCAUGAAGGAUUCUGACUGUUGCGGAGGCGUUCUCUAUGGAAGGUGUCCUGGAAAUUGAAUCGGAGUGUCCCUGUAUGUCCACUUGCUCAGGGGACCUUAGAUGGCCGGAGACAGAAUCUAGAGCUUUCAGAGGCGCGGACAUGCUGCCACCUUCAGGUUUCGCUGGGCUGGUCCCCCCCUCCCACUUCCAAGCUCGGCCCCUUCCCACUCAGCCAAGAGUGGCUCCAACCUGGAUCUCAGAUGUUACCCUCCUCCCGCCCCUGGACCAUCAGGAUGUCUCACAGAGGCACCAGAGGCCUCGGGUGACCGCAUGGGAACGGGAUGUUUGCGGGGAUUGGCAUGGGCCAGGCCGGAGAGGCAGGUCCCUGGAGCUGGCGGGGUCGCAGGCCCUGAGCCAGCAGGCGGAGCUCAUCUCCAGGCAGCUGCAGGAGCUGCGGCGGCUGGAGGAGGAGGUGCGUGGCCUGCGGGAGACCUCGCUGCAGCAGAAGAUGAGGCUGGAGGCCCAGGCCACAGAGCUGGAGGCCCUGGCCCGGGCUGAGAGGGCCGGCCAAGCUGAGGCCGAGGGCCUGCGCACCGCUUUGGCCGGGGCCGAGGCCGUCCGGAAAAAGCUGGAAGAGGGCAGCCAGCGGGAGCUGGAGGAGGUGCAGAGGCUGCACCAAGAGCAGCUGUCCUCCCUGGCACAGGCCCACCAGGAGGCUCUGGCCAGUUUGACCAGCAAGGCCAAGGGCUUGGAGAAGUCUCUGAGUGGCCUGGAAGCCAGGAGGGCAGGGGAAGCCAAGGAGCUGGCCACAGCUCAGAAUGAGGCAGAGCUGUUGCGGCAGCAGCUGAGUAAGACCCAGGAAGACUUGGAGGCUCAGGGGGCCCUGGUUGAGAGUCUUCGGAAGUACGUGGGGGAACAAGUCCCGCCUGAGGGCCGCGGCCAGGCCUGGGAACCCGAGCGGCAGGAGCUUCUGGACGCUGUGCAGCACCUGCAGGAAGACCGAGCCAGCCUUCGCGCCACUGCCGAGCUGCUGCAGGUGCGCGUGCAGAGCCUGGUGCACGUGCUCGCCCUGCAGGAGGAGGAGCUGACCAGGAAGGCCUCACCUCCAGGGUCCCUGGAGCCCGAGUUUGUUGCGAAGCACCAGUCCCUGCUGAGCCGCUGGCGGGAGAAGGUGUUUGCCCUCCUGGUGCAGCUCAAGUCCCAGGAGCUGGAGCAUGGAGACCUGGUGAAGGCGCUGAGAGGACAGGUGGCUGAGCUCCAGGAACAAGUGACAGUCCAGAGCCAGGAGCAGGCCAUCCUGCAGCGCUCCCUGCAGGACCGAGCCGUGGAGGUGGAGGUGGAGCGCGUGGGCGUCAAGGCCCUGCAGACGGAGCUGGGUCGGGCUCAGGAGGCCCAGCGGCGGCAGCAGCAGCAGACAGCGGUGGUGGAGGAGCAGCUAAAGCUGGUGGCUGGGACCGUCAGCAGGUGCCAGAUGGGCUUCCAGAGCACCAUGACGAAGCUGGAACAGGCUGUAGCCCGGCUUCCCGGCCUCAGCAACCGACUCAGCUACGCUGCCCGAAAAGUGCACACCGUUCAGGGCCUGAUGGCUCGGAAACUGGCCCUGGCUCAGCUGCGCCUGGAGAGCUGCCCUGCGCCCACACCCCCCGCCAACACCAGCGAGAGCCUUGAGCUGCAGCAGUUGCGGGAAGAGCGGAACCGCCUGGGUGCGGAGCUGCAGCUGAGUGCCCGCCUCAUCCAGCAGGAGGUGGGCCGGGCGCGGGAACAAGGGGAGGAGGAGCGGCAGCAGCUGAGCAAGCUGGCCCAGCAGCUGGAGCAGGAGCUGCAGCGCACCCAGGAGUCCCUGGCCAGCGUGGGGCUGCAGCUGGAGGCAGCUCGCCAGGGCCAGCAGGAGAGCACGGAGGAGGCCGCCAGUCUCCGGCAGGAGCUGUCCCAGCAGCAGGAGGCCUAUGCAAGAGCGCUGCAGGAGAAGGUGGCUGAGGUGGAGACUCGGCUGCGGGAGCAGCUCUCGGAUGCGGAGCGGAGACUGAACGAGGCUCGGAGGGAGCAGGCCAAGGCGGGGGAGACACAGAUCUCGGAGCAGAGCAGCUUCCCGGCUGACCCCACCGUGUGUGCCGGGCUCUCCACAGUGGUCUCCCUGCGCCAGAUGCAGCGCACAGCGGCCCGGGAGAAGGAGCGGAACCAGGAGCUCAGGCGCCUGCAGGAUGAGGCCCGGAAGGAGGAGGGGCAGCGGCUGAGCCGGCGCUUGCAGGAGCUGGAGCGGGACAAGAACCUCAUGCUGGCCACCUUGCAGCAGGAGGGUCUCCUCUCCCAUUACAAGCAGCAGCGACUGUUGGCCGUUCUCCCCUCCCUGGUGGACGAGGGGAAACCUGUGGAGUCGAGCUCCAGACCUCCAGGGCCCCCGGCAGCUGCUCUGCCCACCAGGAAGUCUGGAAGAGGUGAUGGGCUACUCUUGGGAGCCUCGGAAGCUCCUGCACAUGCGUGCCCUGGGGAGCCCUCCAGGACCCUCCCAGCCCGCUCUCUCACCCCUUGCAGGCAGGGUCGCUGCAGGGCCGCCCUCCGGUGCCGUCCUCGGUGUCUGCUCUCCAGGGUCCCUCUCUGCACUGCUGGACGACCUGCAGGGCCUCAGCGAGGCCAUUGCUGAAGAAGACGCUGCUUGCCAAGGGGACAGCAGCGCUGUCCACAGCUGAGCAGCUCGGAGCGGGCGGGGACGGGGCCUGCAGGCUGGGUCCCCAGAGGAGGCACGGGAGAGCUGGGGUGGCCAGCCCGCCCCCUCCCCAACAUCAUCCGAGGCCAGGUCCCACCAGGUCUGAAUUGUGCACAAUAAAGAGACCCCCACAGAGCUAC